AUGCUUGCUACUGUCCGCUCCCUUCGUUCCGUUGCUCGUACUGGCAACUAUGCUGGUCUUCCUCGUUCCAUGAUCGCGAGGAACAUGAACUCAAAAGUCAAUGGCCCCGUUGUUGGGAUUGAUUUGGGCACGACGAACUCCUGCGUUUCCGUCAUGGAGGGUCAGACAUCGCGCGUGAUUGAGAACUCCGAGGGCGCGCGGACAACACCAUCAGUCGUUGCGUUCACGAAGCACGGUGAGCGGUUGGUCGGUUUGCCUGCAAAACGUCAGGCCGUCGUCAACUCGAGCAACACCGUCUUUGCGUUUAAACGUUUGAUUGGUCGUCAGUUCAAAGAUGCGGAAGUGAAGGCGGAUAUGGAGCACUGGCCUUUCAAGGUGGUCCCAAAACCCGAUGGCCGGCCCGCAGUGGAGGUCGAUAACGGUGGUAAUAAGCAGUUAUUCUCGGCUGAGGAGUUGUCGUCAAUGGUUCUCGUCAAGAUGAGGGAAACUGCGGAGCAAUAUCUGAACAAGAAAGUGAAUCAUGCUGUUGUUACUGUUCCUGCCUACUUCAAUGAUGCGCAACGGCAAGCCACCAAGGACGCAGGUCAAAUUGCAGGCCUUGAUGUCCUUCGUGUAAUCAACGAGCCAACUGCUGCUGCACUGGCAUACGGCCUUGACCGUUCUGAUAACGCUGUUAUUGCCGUUUACGAUCUCGGUGGUGGUACCUUCGAUAUCUCUAUUCUUGAGAUGCAGAAGGGUGUCUUCGAGGUGAAGUCAACGAACGGUGACACUCAUUUGGGUGGUGAAGACUUCGACAUUGCCCUCGUUCAACAUAUCUUGAGCGAGUUCAAGAAGGAGUACGGUGCAGAUCUCAGUUCGGAGCCCAUGGCUAUUCAGCGUAUCCGCGAGGCUGCUGAGAAGGCCAAGAUUGAACUUUCGUCCACGUCGCAGACGGAGAUUAACCUGCCUUUUAUUACUGCCGAUGCUACGGGUCCCAAGCACAUCAACCUUAAGAUCUUGAGAUCGCAAUUCGAAUCCCUCGUUCAGCCCCUCGUUCAGCGCACGAUUGACCCGUGCAAGAAGGCGCUGACUGAUGCGGGGGUCAAGGCAAGUGAGGUCAAUGAAGUCAUUCUUGUCGGUGGUAUGACUCGCAUGCCGCGCGUUGUUGAUACUGUCAAGUCGAUCUUUGGCCGUGAGCCCAGUAAGGGUGUUAACCCUGACGAAGCUGUUGCCAUUGGUGCGUCAAUCCAGGGUGGUGUCUUGGCUGGCAACGUCACCGACAUAUUGCUGCUCGACGUUACGCCCUUAUCACUUGGUAUUGAGACACUCGGUGGUAUCAUGACGAAGCUCAUUCAACGGAACACGACCAUUCCGACUAAGAAGACUCAGACUUUCUCAACUGCUGCUGAUGGUCAGACCGCAAUUGAGGUCAAGGUCUACCAGGGCGAGCGUGAGCUUGUUCGGGACAACAAGAUGCUCGGUAACUUCAACCUCACUGGUAUUCCCCCUGCUCCCAAGGGCGUACCGCAGAUCGACAUCACCUUUGACAUUGACGCUGAUGGUAUUGUCCAUGUGAACGCCCGUGACAAGGCGACGAACAAGGACCAAUCGAUGACAAUUGCUUCAUCAUCUGGCCUGAGCGACAAGGACAUUGAGCGCAUGGUCUCUGAUGCUGAGCAGUAUGCGGAGUCGGAUAAGGCAAGAAAGCAAGUUAUUGAGGAGGCGAACAAAGCCGACUCUAUCUGCUCCGACACUGAGAAGGCGAUGAACGAAUUCAAGGAACAGCUCGAUGCGACUGAGAAAGACAAGGUUACGAAGCUCGUUGCCGAGUUGCGUGAAAUUGCUGCCAAGGGCCAGGCUGGUGAUGCGUCGACCACUGCCGACGCCAUUCGCGAGAAGAUCAGCGAAACUCAGCAAGCGUCACUUGGCCUCUUCCAGAAGGUUUACGAAAAGCGCAACGCUGAGAAUGCUGCCAACGAGUCGACAUCUUCUGAGGAGAAGAAGAACGAGGAGAAGAAGGACUAG